ACAUUGUUUAAAGGACACCGUUGGUUUUGUAACGGAAAUAAAAAGGACAAAAGCGGUUGGCACUUGACAGCUGUAAUCUUUGUUCAGAGAUCAGACAAACAUCGUCAAACAGAAGUUGAAAGUCUGAAAGACGGUGAAUUUCAAGUUUUUUCCACUUCCCCAUAAUAGUCAGCCACUUUUCCAUUACCGUAACUAUAAAAAGUCAAAACCUUGGAAAUCGGCGGCUCUUUCACUCUUGUCCGACGCCAGCAAAUUUCUCCAAGCUUUUUGUCUCCCGUCUUUCUUAACGUUAGGAUUCUGGAACCUGACUUCUCUUGUUUCCUUGGCGCCUAGGUUCCCAUGUCACCUCCACAACUGAUCAACUCAGUCCCCUCUAAAAAUCCAGUAUUUUUACUCACUUAUCCUGGAAAUUACUCUACUUCUUUUGAUCCUAAGAAUUCUCUCAAUUUUUUCCUUAUAAGGUCUUGAGUUUUGGACAUCAUUAUUUUCUUUCCUUUCCUUCAUUUUCUAUUCAUGAAGUGGAACUAGAAUUGAAUUCCGUUUUGUAAUUGUAUUUCUCACGGUGGGUUGUUUCUCCAGGGCUAAUUCUUGGUGCCAAAUUACUACAGGGCUUACUCUCCUUUUUUUAUCUUGGGUUAUUACUCGAAUUUCAUUUACUAGUAGAUUUGCAUUUCUCUGGGAAUCUUGAGCUCUUGAAAUUGUAAUGGUUUCCCGUACAAUUCCUACAUGGACCUUAGUUGGUCUUAUUGGAGCCUUUCUUGACCUUGCUCUUGCUUGUUUCCUUCUAUGUGGAUCAACCUUGGGGUUUUUUGCUUGGAAAUUUUAUCAUAUUUUGGGACUUUACUUGCCGUGUCCUUGUUCUGGGUUUUUUGGGUACCAAAAUAGCUACCUCUGCUGGCAUGAGCUGCUCAUUCACUGGCCUAUCAGAAAGAUCUAUUCUGUUCGAAAGCUGGCUUUGAAGAGGUUCCCUUUUAACUUAGUUUGGUUCAACGAUCAACAAUGGAAUUCGAAUGCCACGUCCAUUACAGGUGGAAAAUUUGGCAAUGAGGUCAUUGGUUUGCAGGGUGAAGCAUGUCCUAGUUCACCUUCAGGUUUAAGAUUGCAAACUAUGGUGGAUAAAGAGAGUGGAUAUGAUGCCAAGGGAAAGAAAAUUAUAAAUCAGAAGCAAAAGUCUGGAGUUCGGCGACGUAGGAAAGCUACUUCUGGUUAUGGAAAAUCCUCUCCAGUAUUAUUGUCUGGUAAUUUCCCAUCCGCAGCUGCAGAUUUUUCAUGUUCAUCUUAUAUUAAUGGCGGUGAAAGAAGAAGUCAAAGUAGUGAAAAUUUGGGUCCAGUUAGCGAAAUAGAAGAUAGUUUUCCUGAUGAUAAAAAUACUCAAACCGGCACAGAUAUGGGUGAGGCAACCUGGCAUGGUUUUGAAUUGAGCAAUGGAGAGGAAAAAGGUUCAGCUUUUAUAAAAAAAGUCACUUGUAACACAAGAGAAAACUUAGGGAUUACUGGAGAUGAAGCAAAUCGAAUCAGAAUGUUGGAACAGGCUCUUGAGGAAGAAAAAGCUACACAUGCUGCUCUAUACCUGGAGUUGGAAAAAGAAAGGGCUGCUGCUGCUUCGGCUGCUGAUGAAACCUUGACAAUGAUUUUGCGUCUACAAGAGGAUAAGGCAUUAAUAGAAAUGGAAGCAAGGCAAUAUCAAAGGAUGAUAGAAGAAAAAAUUGCUUAUGAUGAAGAAGAGAUGAACAUUCUAAAAGAGAUCCUUGUUAGGAGGGAGAAGGAGAAUCACCUUUUGGAGAAAGAAGUUGAAGCUUACAGGCAGAUGAAUACUCUAGGAGAUGAGCGGAAGGAAUGUGACUUUAGUUAUACUUUGUGUAAAAGGGGACAAAAGCCUUCAGUUUCACUUGUUUUAAGUGAAGAUCCACUGCUAAUGGUGAAACAGAUCGAGAAUAGUGGAUCCACUAGAAAGAAGGCAGUGGGAAAAGGUUCUGGCUGGCCUUUAAAAUAUGAGACUCCAUCCGCUGGGAAACUAAGUCAUACUCCAGCGGUUAAUUUAUCAGGGAAAGGAGAGGGACAGGAUGAUGAUGCCAUAGCAUGCCUAGCAUUAGCAACCAAAACAGCCCUAAAUUUCGGUGACGUUGAGAAAACUCCUUUAAAUAGAGAAGAUAUUGAGAGAAAUGCAGAAUUUGGUGAGCCACUACGCAGCAAUCUGCAUCAUUCCAAGUUUGAUAUGGAACCAGCUAUUUAUGAUGUCCAUGUUGUUGAUGAUAAAAUAGACAUUAUGAAGGAGGAGAAUGGAAAAGAAAGUAAACUGCCAACUAUUUCUGCUUCAGAUAACAAAACCUUGCAAUAUGACUCAUGGAGGAGUUAUUCUGCAGUCUUAAAUGAAAGGUUGGAGAUUGAUGCUGAAAUUGAACGCCUUAGAGAAAGGCUGCAAAUAGUGCAAGGAGAAAAAGAGAAGCUGAGUUUCUCUGCGGAUACGAGGGAAAGGUUAGAUACCCACUUGAAACUCAUUGAGGACCUGGUGAGCCAGCUUCGAGAAUUUCAGCAGCUGAAGGAGCCUGUUCGACAGACUUCUUUGCCUCCUUUUUCUUCAUCUUCUAAGGUCAGUUCCAGUAGGAGACGCUGCCGAAGUGCAUCAGAUGAAAUCGAUAAUAGUUCCUAAGCCAUGUGCAGUAAUCAAAUUUUAGAAAAUUAUUUCCUUGUGCUACAGGAUUGUCUCCAGUCCCUUUUUAUAUAGUUUGUUAGAAAUUUGUUGAUAAAAUCUGCAAAGUUCACACAAGUUAGUUGAUGUAGUCGAUGUCUGUUGCCUGUUGAAAAAUUGUAUGUAAACCUUUUAAUGUUUUAUUUUCAAUCAAAUUGGAGUAGCUUCAAAGUUGUCUUGGGCGUCGAAUCCAAUGUCAGUCCCCAACAAAUAAGUGAUUAAAGUAGGCUUUGAUUAAUUAUUUGUUGUCAUCAUUAUUCCCUUCGAGUGCAAAGGGUUAGGCCGAGAGGCCGCCUGUGGAUGUAGAUAUUGUUUGGAAAGAAAAUUUACAAACAGAAAUGAGAAGAAAAGUUGACGUUCUGUGGUCACCAUCUUCUUGAUGUUAUCUUUUAUUAUGAUUAGAAUGUAAUUGGAAGCUGGAACAAGGCUCCUGAUAUCCCCCGUUGACUUUAGUUUUGUGCCGAUGCCCUUGCCGAUAUACUCUAGAUAUCAACCAAAGUUUUCAGUUUUUUGCUCCAUGAAAAGAAAAUUUGAGCCUAUUUUCCGGGAAUGUCAGGAUAAAAAGUGAAUUAUUUUGCCAUAGAUGAAUACUUCACUUCAAUGAUUCUAAGAUAGUAACCAUUGCGGUGUUUUGUGCCACUAAUUGCGAACCUAACCACUUUGGUGAAGAAGAAAAAAUUUAAAGGGCUUGAGACUUUUGAGUAUGACUUAACGAACAUGCAUUGUUUCUUUGUUCUGUAGAUGAUAAUACCAUUAUAGUUCAAUGAAGCAAUGAG